CUUCAGGAUUCAACAUGCUUCGCGCAGAAGGAGCCAAAACACCACCACCAUUAUUCUCUUUGUCAAUGGAAACAAUUGUCAACAAUGAAGACCUGCUAACCGAAAUCCUUGUCCUCCUUCCCCUGAAAUCCCUCCUCAAACUCAAGUGUGUAUCCAAGCACUGGCUUGCCCUCAUCACCAGCCAUGCCUUCUCUACUCGUCGCAGGUCAUACCUCAACUCUGCCGGUGACCUUGUGUUCCAGGCUAACCGUACACUCGAGUUUCAUCUUCUUCUGAAUCUUGAUUCCAAUAAUUAUGAUUCUGCCCCAGCCAAUGUUUUUGAGAAAAACAAACCGUUCAUGAAAACUAAGAUGAUUGAAUCUUGUAAUGGAUUGUUUCUGUGUUGUGAUGAUAGCAAUCCUCCAGAAAGACUUCGUCGCUAUUAUGGAAACUACAACCACACAUAUUCCUCAAGAUUUUGUGUUUGGAAUCCCACUAGCAAGAGAUAUGCUUUACUCCCUCCUCUGCUUUCAUUGCCUUGUUCAUUGCGAGGUAUUCUACGUCUGGAAGUCGUUUUCAAGUGUCUAGAGGGGGGCGAUUGUAUCUUCUUCGCAAAUAUGAAACAACUUCAUUUGCACAAUUUGAUGCCUACCAGCUGCUUCAAGGCUGCUCUGGACGAUGGUUUUUUAAGCACUGUGUUGAUAUUCCUAACUCUUUGAUCUUCAUCGAUGAAAAGUCGGAGAUUGUGCGCAUCAAAAAAAGAGAAAAGAGCUUCAAAGCGUCAUUUAUGUGGCGUUAUGCUAAUGCCCAUCCCUAUAUUGAGAGCCUUGCUUGCGUUUGAUGGUGGCUCGUGAAGCAUGGAUGAUAAAAUUUCAUGAAAAGUAUGUUGUUCCCAUUUUAUUUCGUGUUUGAUUUUAGCUGGAUCUUUCAUCUUUAUUGAAUUUCCUGAGAUGAGAUGAUGUCAACCUGAACUGUUUUUGCACUAGCUGAGAUUUAUUUAUUUGUUA